GACUCCUCCUUCUGUUCCCCCCAUCCCCCUAUACUUUCUCCCGCUCUCCUCUCUAUCUCUCCCUCUAUGUUGUAUACAGUAGCUGCCUCCCUGCAAUCCCAUCGGGUUAAAAAUCACAAUGGGACUCCUAAAGCCGGAGGAUGAGCGCUGGAGGCUUGGCAGUGCGGGCUGUGGGUCUGUCUGGCUGUGAGGGCUGCUGGUCAGACUGCAUUCAGCAGCCAGGCUCUGGAAGAGCCGCCUCUUCUCCUGCCACCCUAAACACACCAGAUGCAUUUUUUAUGGCUUUCCGCGAUGGUUGGGCCCUGGAGACGUAAGUCUGAGAGGUAAGAUGUACUAUUGCUGCUCCGCAGUCACGUUUGACCAGGACUUAAACAAGAAAAUGCAGAUGUGGAUAUUACAGACGAUUGCAUUUGCUUUAACAUCACUGGUUCUCUCUUGGGCAGAAACAAUAGAAUCCUAUGGCGAGGUCUGUGACAAUUGUCCUUGUGAGGAACGAGAUGGUAUAUUAUCUGUGAAUUGUGAAAAUAGAGGGAUCAUUAGUCUUUCUGAGAUCACCCCUCCACGUUUUUCAAUCUAUCAUCUCUUCCUGUUUGGGAACCUCUUAAAUCGUCUAUACCUAAACGAGUUUGUCAACUACACCGGUGCUUAUAUAUUGCAUCUUGGUAAUAACGAUAUCCAGGAUAUUGAAACUGGGUCAUUUCAUGGACUUCAGGGUCUAAAGAGGCUGCAUUUGAACAACAACAAGCUGGAACUUUUAAAAAAUGACACUUUUCUUGGCCUAGAAAGCCUGGAGUAUUUGCAAGUUGAUUAUAAUUAUAUAAUCUCUAUUGAGCCUCAUGCUUUUAGUAGGCUUCACACUUUGCAAGUAUUAAUAUUGAAUGACAACCUUUUGUCCACUUUGCCAAACAAUCUUUUUCGUUUUGUCCCUUUAACACACCUAGACCUAAGAGGAAACAGACUAAAAGUACUUCCCUUUAUGGGCCUACUGGAACAUAUGGAUAAGGUGGUGGAGCUGCAAUUGGAGGAGAACCCAUGGAAUUGCUCCUGUGAACUAAUUGCCCUAAAGGAUUGGCUAUAUAGCAUAUCUUACUCUGCUCUAGUUGGUGAUGUAGUUUGUGAAACUCCUUUUCGGCUAUACGGGAGAGAUCUAGAUGAGAUUUCCAAGCAGGAAUUAUGCCCCAGGAAACUGAUUCCGUCCUACGAGAUGCGGCCACCAAUUCCCCGGAGUACAAAUGAGUACUUCCACACCACCCCGGCCUCAGUAAAUUCGGGUGCCACCAUCUCUUCAUCAUUUGUUUACAAAAACCCUACAAAACCCAAAAGCACACGUCAACCUAACAGAUCCAGAGUGCGAGCCACAUCACACCACCCUCCCAAAGAAAAUGGAUACAUUGCUUAUCAGACCAAAUCCCCAGUGCCUUUGGAGUGUCCUACAAACUGCACUUGCAACCUGCAGAUCUCCAAUCUGGGACUUAACGUUAACUGUCAGGAGAGAAAGAUUCAGAGUAUCUCGGAAUUACACCCUAAACCUUAUAAUCCCAAAAAGAUGUAUCUGACAGGCAAUUAUAUAACUUUGGUUCGGAGGUCUGACUUUAUUGAUUCUACUGGAUUGGACCUUCUGCAUCUUGGGAACAAUCGGAUAUCUGUUAUACAGGAUCGAGCCUUUGGGGAUUUAAAUAAUCUACGCAGACUGUACUUAAAUGGCAAUUCUAUUGAAAAGCUGACUCCAGGCUUGUUAUAUGGCCUUCAAAGCCUUCAAUACCUUUUCCUACAAUUUAAUGCUAUUAAGGUAAUAGAGCCUGGAACAUUUGAUUCUGUUCCUGAUCUCCACCUUUUAUUCCUCAACAACAACCUCUUGAAAUAUUUGCCCGGCAAUAUUUUCUCUGGAUUGAAGCUCUCCAGGCUAAAUUUGCGAAGCAAUCAUUUCUCACAUUUGACAGUGAGUGGUGUAUUAGACCAACUACAGUCUUUAGUGCAGAUAGACCUCCAUGAAAACCCCUGGGACUGUACAUGUGAUGUAGUUGGGAUGAAGCUCUGGUUGGAGCAGCUCAGUGUUGGAGUCCUGGUGGAUGAUGUCAUCUGUAAAUCUCCCAAGAAAUUUGCUUUGAAGGAAAUGAGAUCGAUCAAAUCUGAUCUUCUCUGUCCAGAUUACUCUGAUAUUAUAGUACCAACUUCUACACCUUCAGAGGAACUGCCUACAGAGAGUACUACAACGUUAAUUUAUCCCCUUCAAUUCAACAAUGUGUCAAGCUCAGUGCCCUUGUCUGUGCUCAUACUGAGCCUGCUCUUGGUUUUCAUUAUGUCUGUGUUUGUGGCUGCAGGGCUAUUUGUCCUUGUGAUGAAACGGAGGAAAAAGAAUCAAAAUGAGCCAGCCAGCACAAAUAACUCAGACGUGAGCUCAUUCAACAUGCAGUACAGUGUGUACAGCAACAGACCACUGCCUAAAGUGAAGACUCCAGCUGGCCAUGUGUAUGAGUACAUCCCCCACCCUCUCGGUCACAUGUGCAAAAACCCUAUCUACAGAUCAAGAGAGGGAAAUUCUGUGGAUGAUUACAAAGAUCUCCAUGAACUUAAAGUCACAUACAGAAAUCAUCUAGAGGAGGAAAGGGAAAAUAAUCUCAGGAGUCCAAAUUAUAGUGUCAGCACUAUUGAGCCCAGAGUGGAGCUUUCUCCUGUGCAAGAUACAGAUCGUGUCUAUAGAGGAAUCUUAGAACCUGAUAAAGCACCUUCGCCAGGGAAUAAUAUAGAUUAUAAAUACAGUAACCCUCCUGCAUUUACCUACACUCCAAAAUAUGAGGCAAAGCGUCAGUUUUUACAUCCGGAUAGGUUAAGAGAAGCUGUGCUGUAUAGCACACCCAGUACUGUUUAUGUGGAACCUAACAGGAAUGAAUAUCUGGAAUUAAAAGCAAAACUAAACGUUGAGCCAGACUACCUCGAAGUGCUGGAAAAACAGACAACAUUUAGCCAGUUUUAGACUCCUACAACUACAGUAUUAUCUCUGAAACAAAGGACUAAACGACGAUUUUGUUGCUUCAACCUUCGGAUGAAGUGCCUUGGCACAAGAUUUUCAGCUGCAGCAAAUUAUACUGAAAGGGUGUGCAAUUUUCUUCUCCUUUUUGUAGGACAACAUCAAUUGUAUAAACUGGGCACAACAAUUACUGUUUGCAAGCAGUCCGCUGUGGUCUAUUUCUGCAGCCUGAGAAUUAAAAAGUUGGAAUCACUCCUGGUGCUAGGAGGUAUCUAUGAAGAAUAUACCACACAUAUGCUAUAACCCUUCAGAUAAGGGUGGGUCUAAAUGACUUUUAUGGUGUUUUAGCAUCAGUCCACCUAGGUUUAAUAUAAAGGUCCAUUUUUACAGGAUGUAUUUGUAUGCUUUCAGAACUUUUGAAGUAAAAGCUAAAUUAUGUAAGCUACUACGAUCUUUAUGCAUCACCAUCGAUGGUGUAAACAAAUUCUAAAGUGCAAAGACAUAGAAUUCAUAACUUGGGUAGUCAAAUAACUUAUUGUUGAAAUAUCAAAUAUUUUAAUGUAGCACCUAUUUUUAUAUGCACAUUAGCAUUUUUGUUCUUCACUAUUCCAGUUUUUUAUUUGCUCAAAAGUGUUGCACUACAUAAAGAUGUUGAGUUUCAGAAAUGGUAAUAUUGGUGAUAUGGCUGUGCAAAUUGUAGACUUAAGUGACCAAAUUGUAAAAGAGAGUUUAGUGCAAAGGUUAAAUUAAUCAUUGGACACUUCAGAGAGUUCAGUAGUAAGGUAUAUACCUGGUAUUAAUUGGAAAAUGAUUUCAUUUCAUUAGUGAACCAAAUGUAAUUUCUUGACUACUAUUGUAGCCAAUUUCAACUGCACUGUACAGAUUGACGUGUGUUCUGUCACCUGGUAGGUUUGACAUAUGGAAAUUUAUAAGCUUGGAAAGUUACUGUUUUAUUAUUAAUUUUAUUAUUGUUUUUAAAGGAGAGUAGUGCACUGAUACAUGUAUUCAACUUUCAAGAAUGUUACAGUAUAUGAGCAACCAUCCAGUAUGCAUUCCAGAUUCCAAACAUUCUAAUCUUUAUUUGGUUUCUGCCAUUGAAAAGUAAUGGCACAGAUUCAAGUAUUAAGAAUAGUCUUUGUUAAUGUGUACAAUAUGAGUUAGGUAUUCAUACCCUGAUGUAUUCUUCAAUACAUAAUGCCCAAUCCAAGAUUAAGAGAAGAAAUAAUUAGAACUGUUACAUUGUUCAGAGCACGUUAUUUUCUCAUUUAUAUAUCAAAACACCAUGAAUUUCUUUUUAUUUAUUUUUUAUAUUUUUUUCAUUUAGCAUUUGCAACAGGGUAAGUAGUGACACACAUACAUACAUACAUACAUACAUACAUACAAACACACACACACACACACACACACACACACACACACACACACACACUACUGUAUAUCCAUCUAUUUAUAUAUAUAUAUAUAUAUAUAUACACACAGUAUAUUUCUGAGCAACUUCAGAAAUUCUAAUUUGUAUUCUGGAUAUAUCUCCCCUUGACCAUGGGGAAUUCAUGUGAGUGUACCUCUAGUAUUGCUAAAAAUCUUUCUGGUUUGAAGCUUACUCCGUAAAAAUGUUAUAUUUUGCAUUGCGAGACCUAUUACUCAUAUGCAAUGACUUACUUACUGAAUAUACUUUUUGGGAUUCUUUCAUGAAGAUUCAUUUGUUGACAUACAGUAUUGUACUUUGUAUUGCUAAUUUUCACAUGAUGAUAAACAGGGAUAUGCAACUUUUCAAAUAACUGCCCUCUAAAAUGUAAACUAUUUUUAUGAAUUAUAUUAUGAUCAGCAUUGGAUUACAAUGCUACAUAAUUUAUUCAUUAUUGAAAAUAUAUUUAUUUUGCUGUUUACAAUGUUCCCUAACAGCAGCAUAUUAUUUUCUGUACUUUUCUGUUAAGUGUUUAAAAAA